GCCGGACUAGACCAAAUAUAAUGGGCUUGGGGUCCAAAGCCCUCCCUAUUUAAGCCCUUUCAGUUGAAAGUUCGCGCUUAAUUGUCGUCAUUGUCUCUCUACAGCUCCGGUGCAAUUGUCAGAAGCGGAGAUGGUGAAGGGCCCUGGUCUGUAUUCCGACAUCGGGAAAAAAGCCAGAGAUCUUCUCUACAGAGACUACGUCGCUGACCACAAGUUUUCUGUCACUACGCACACCUCCGACGGCGUGGCCAUUACAUCAUCUGGUGCUAAGAAAGGUGAGGCACUUAUCGCCGGCGUCAACAUCCAGCGGAAGGAUGAAAAUUUCACAAUGGAUACCAAAGUGGACACCAAUUCCAAGCUGUAUGUGACUAUUAAUAUUGAUGAACCACCAGAGCGGAAGACCAUCUUUAGUUUCAUUGCUCCUGACUGGAAAUCACCCAAGGUGGAAUCACAGUACUGGUCUGAGUAUGCUGGAAUCACUACAAGCAUUGGGCUAACUGGAAAUCCAUUUAUCACUUUCUCUGGUGUUGUUGGGACCAAUACCCUUGCUGUUGGGACUGAUCUGUCAUUUGACACUGCCAGUGGGACUUAUGACAAAAUCAAUGCUGGAUUGAGUAUCUCUACCCCCGACUUGACAACUUCUUUAACAUGGAAUGACAAGGGCAACACACUUACUGCUACAUAUUACCACACUGUAUGGCCAUUAACAAACACAAACAUUGGUGCAGAGUUGGUUCACACUUUCUCAAGCAACGAGAAAUCUGUAACCAUUGGGACCCAACAUGCAUUGGAUCCAUUGACCAUGGUUAAAGCCAAGGUUAACAACAAUGGCAAGGUAUAUGCUCUUAUCCAACACGCAUGGAGUCCAAAGUCACUUUUUACCAUCUCGGGUGAGGUAGACACUAGGGCAACUGUGAAGAGUGCCAAAUUUGGGUUGGCUCUUGCUCUCAAGGCAUGAUUGCCUGAUUGGUUUACUACAUUGGGGUUGUAGUGGAAGCCUGGGAGAGAGUGGUGUUUUGCUGGUGAUGUUUUUUUGGAGCGAGAAAAUGAGUUGGGGAGAAAAUGUUUAUGCAAUUAGUAUCUCUGUACUAAAUGAUCUUUCUAUUCACUGGUGGUUUUGUGCCAGUGACUUACCUGUUCAAUAUUAUGGACUUCAUACAAUUUCCUGUACUCUUUUGUACAGUUUUCUACUCCGUAUUAUGUUUGGUUUUGAUAUCAACACUACAGUCCAAUGUGGUCUUAGAAUACUCGGCUGAUGUUUCCUUAACUGAAAGUCACUUUUUAAAUUUCAC